AAAAAAAUAAAAUCAAACACAAAAUCCCGUAGCAUCGUAACAGUAAUUCGCUAUUAUCUCCUCACCCUCCGCUUUCGCUUCCCUUCUCUGCCCGUUUCAAUUCCUUCUAAGACAUCACGGUCUCUCUCUAUAAAAACAGUACCUACCUCUUCUUCUUCUUCUUCAUUCGCUGACUUCGUUUACACUGAAAACAAAUACCUAUGUCACCGCCGUCGGCAACCGCCGGUGACAUCAACCACCGUGAAGUAGACCCGACGAUCUGGCGCGCUUGUGCUGGAGCCUCCGUCCAGAUCCCUGUCCUUCACUCUAGGGUUUACUACUUUCCACAAGGUCACGUUGAGCACUGUUGCCCUCUCCUCUCUACUCUUCCUUCCUCCACCUCGCCGGUUCCAUGUAUCAUCACUUCAAUUCAGUUGCUCGCCGAUCCGGUCACCGACGAGGUCUUUGCUCACCUUAUUCUUCAACCGAUGACGCAGCAGCAGUUUACUCCGACUAAUUAUUCACGAUUCGGCAGAUUCGAUGGCGAUGUUGAUGAUAACAACAAGGUGACUACCUUCGCCAAAAUUCUCACGCCUUCUGAUGCUAACAAUGGAGGUGGCUUCUCCGUUCCUCGUUUCUGUGCUGAUUCCGUCUUCCCUCUGCUUAAUUUUCAAAUCGAUCCACCGGUUCAGAAGCUCUACGUCACUGAUAUCCAUGGAGCUGUUUGGGAUUUCAGGCAUAUCUAUCGCGGUACACCGAGGCGUCACUUGCUAACAACGGGAUGGAGUAAGUUCGUCAAUAGCAAGAAGCUCAUCGCUGGAGAUUCGGUGGUGUUUAUGAGAAAAUCUGCAGAUGAGAUGUUCAUCGGCGUUAGGAGAACUCCGAUCUCAAGCAGCGACGGAGGAAGUAGCUAUUACGGAGGAGAUGAGUAUAACGGUUACUACAGUCAGAGUAGCGUUGCCAAGGAAGAUGAUGGGAGUCCGAAGAAGACGUUUAGGAGAUCUGGGAAUGGUAAGUUGACUGCUGAGGCUGUGACGGAUGCGAUCAAUAGAGCGUCUCAGGGAUUACCAUUUGAGGUGGUGUUUUAUCCGGCUGCUGGAUGGUCUGAGUUUGUUGUGAGAGCUGAAGAUGUUGAGUCUUCAAUGUCUAUGUAUUGGACUCCUGGGACUCGAGUCAAGAUGGCUAUGGAGACUGAAGAUUCUUCUCGGAUCACAUGGUUUCAAGGCAUCGUUUCCUCUACUUAUCAGGAGACCGGUCCAUGGCGUGGAUCUCCAUGGAAGCAGCUUCAGAUCACAUGGGAUGAACCUGAGAUUCUGCAAAACGUGAAGAGGGUGAAUCCAUGGCAAGUGGAAAUUGCUGCACAUGCAACUCAACUGCAUACCCCUUUCCCUCCAGCAAAGAGGUUGAAGUAUCCACAACCCGGAGGAGGGUUCUUGAGUGGAGAUGAUGGAGAAAUCCUUUAUCCUCAAAGUGGACUGUCUAGUGCAGCAGCACCUGAUCCAAGUCCUUCUAUGUUCUCGUAUUCUACAUUUCCUGCUGGCAUGCAGGGAGCCAGGCAAUAUGAUUUUGGGUCUUUCAAUCCAACCGGAUUCAUUGGAGGAAAUCCUCCCCAGCUAUUCACCAAUAACUUCUUAAGUCCGCUUCCUGAUUUGGGAAAAGUGUCGACUGAGAUGAUGAACUUUGGCAGUCCGCCAUCAGAUAACUUAUCGCCUAAUAGCAACACCACUAAUCUGUCCUCUGGAAAUGACCUGGUUGGAAACCGAGGCCCCCUUUCAAAGAAAGUUAACUCGAUUCAGUUGUUUGGCAAGAUCAUUACCGUGGAGGAGCAUUCUGAGAGCGGUCCUGCAGAGUCUGGCUUGUGUGAAGAGGAUGGCAGCAAAGAGUCCAGCGACAAUGAGACACAGUUGUCCUUAUCACAUGCUCCUCCAAGCGUGCCUAAACAUUCCAACAGCAACGCAGGUUCUAGCUCCCAAGGUAUAUUCCGAUCUCUCUCAAGUACAAUAAUCAAUUGAAUCAGUUGCUAUAAGCUUUUAUUACUGUUUUGCACAAGGCAAUUUCUCUUCCUUUCCCAUGAACUAUAUUAUGUAGAGUAGGAAACACAAUCAUGAUUUCUGAUAUGACUUGACUGAUGAUGAUACUUGUGAAAACUAUCUAUAUAUCUCUUCAGUAAUCAGUCGCCUUGAGGUAAUUGGAAUUUGGAACUUGAACAUUACUUGGAUUUUAACUUUUCAAUAGCAUAAGCUUUCCUGUUUCAUCAUAUAUGUUUCACUAUACUUGGUAUGCUUUUAUUACUGCUGAUAUUUACUAUUCCUGCUAUUUUUUUUGGGUCUCGUUAACGGUAAUAAGGACACAGAAUUGGCUCUUUUAUCCAUCUGAACUAGACAUUACUGUACAAGUAGAUGAAGAAUUAUGUGGUUCCAUUACAAAUUUGAUUUGCAGAAAGCUUGAAGCUGCUGCUUAUAGACGAUUAUAAUGUUGGAAGAUCCUGAAGCUUGGAAUGAUUUGUACUUUUCUUCUGUUUGUGUGUGUUUUGACAGGUUAAAAAGUGAAAGAAGUGGUGGAUCUUUGCUGGAAUCUCCAAGUCCUAAGUAGUAGUAGUAGUACUAUUAUAUAUAAUUCUGUUGUUUCUGCAAUUGACUUUUCUCUGGCUUUUCUUUGCCACGUGACGAUUCCGUUUUUUACUUUCUUUCUUUUUUUUUUAUCAAUUUCUCAGACACAUUUGAUGAACAUCUCGCUCUCAUCUAAUCGUUAACUAUUUUUAUUGGGGUAAAUGUCUGGAUUUGUCUUACCUAAACAUGUUUUAAGACUGAUGUUUAUGCAGAGUGAAAACAGCAAAUAAUUUAAUGCUUUAUUCAA